AGUCGAGUUUUCGGUCAAAUCAGCCUCGGCCGGCGUGGAAAAGUAAAAUGGCGGAAGGUAGGUAGCGUCGCGAAGGUGGCUACGCCCUAAUGUAUUCAAGAUGACAGAAAAUGAUAUGGUAUAUGGGACAAACUUGUCGCUAGAGUCUAUAAAAGUAAUAGCAGAAAGUAUAGGUAUUGGAAACUUGCCAGAUGAAGCUGCGAAGGAGCUUGCGGAUGAUGUGUCUUACAGACUCAAGCAGAUCGUUCAGGAUUCUGCUAAGUUUAUGCAUCACGCGAAACGACAAAAGUUACUUGGCACAGACAUAGACGAUGCAUUGAAAAUUAAGAAUGUAGAGCCUCUUUAUGGAGUUUACGCUAUGGAUCACAUUCCAUUUCGCUUUGCUUCUGGUGGCGGCCGUGAGUUACACUUCAUAGAAGAUAAGGAAGUGGAUUUACAGGAAGUUAUUAACAUGCCAUUUCCUAAACUACCUUUGGAAGUGACUCUAAGAGCUCACUGGCUUUCAAUAGAGGGUGUGCAACCCACUAUCCCUGAAAAUCCCCCUCCUGUUUCAAAAGAAGUUCAGAAACUUGAAAGUAUAGAUCCUGUUGCCAAAUUACGGAAAUCUUCAAAGGAGAAGGAUUCUUCUGGUAAACCAACUACUGGUCGUGUCCACAAGCUGCGCAAUGUAGAAACUGUACAUGUAAAGCAGCUUGCAACCCAUGAAUUAUCAGUUGAACAACAACUUUACUAUAAGGAAAUCACAGAAGCAUGUGUUGGGUCAGAUGAGACAAAACGUGCUGAAGCUCUGCAGAGUUUGGCAUCUGAUCCUGGCCUGCAUGAGAUGCUACCUCGAAUGUGUACUUUUAUCUCGGAAGGUGUAAAAGUAAAUGUAGUGCAGAAUAAUUUAGCCCUUUUGAUUUACCUUAUGCGAAUGGUGAAAGCACUGCUGGACAAUCAGUCAUUGUACCUGGAAAAAUAUCUUCAUGAAUUAAUUCCUUCAGUAGCAACUUGCAUUGUGAGCAAGCAACUGUGCAUGCGUCCUGAGCUGGAUAAUCAUUGGGCAUUGAGAGAUUUUGCAUCUCGCCUAAUGGCACAGAUAUGCAAAAACUUUAAUACCUCUACUAAUAAUGUCCAAACUCGAGUGACUCGGAUGUUUAGUCAAGCAUUACGAAAUGAUCGCACACCUCUCUCUUCCCUGUAUGGUGCCAUAGAAGGGUUGUCAGAACUGGGAUCUGAAGUAAUAAAGGGCUUCAUUCUAUGCAAAGUGGCAGAAAUAGGUCAGCGAAUAGAAAAUGCUUUAGAGGGUCCAGUUCUAAGCAAUGUAGAGAAGAUAGCAGCUGGUCACAUAAAGCAUUUGCUUGUGAAAGUUCUUGUUCCUGUUCUGAAGACAAUUCGUUCUCCUCCGGAUUUUGUAGAAGAAUACAAGAAUGAGUAUGGGUACAUGGGGCCAGCUCUUCAUACAGCAGUAGUGAAGGCUCGUUCCCAACCUUCUGCCAACUCCACUUCAGGUGCCUCUGGUUCAUCUGGGGGGUCUACGAGUGGUGGUGGAGGUAGUGGAGGCUCUGCAGUUGUGGGUGGUAAUGCACCAGGUGUUUCAUCUGGAAUGGCAGCUUCACGGACAGUAGUGAAUCAACCUGCUCUUGUACAAACUGGUGCUUCCCAAGGUGGCCGUACAUUUGUCAUGAGCAAUUCUGGCCCUAGCAGAACUAUGGUGGCUCCAAGCAAUGCCUCCAAGUAUACUAUACAACCACCAGCAUCCCCAGCCCCGCCUAGUGGAGCUACUGUGGUGAAGUUCGUGACAUCAGCACAGUCCAUUGUGACACAGAAGGCCACACCAUCUCCAGGUCUGAACAUGAAGUCAGUGUUUGUCGCCCAAUCAUCGCAAGGAAUCAAAAUUGAAUCAAACAUCAAUUCUGAUGAAAUGCUGGGUCCAUGAGCAAGAACUCCGAAUGUUGCAUUUUAACUAUCGCCAAUAUUUGGCACUUGUCAGCUUCACAGUGAAAUAUCAUUCAUCACCAUCAAAAACAUUUUCCAUACAAUAAAAAAUUAUAUUAAAACAGAAUUUAUGUUUAAUGAUUAUUUUCUCCCAUGAAUUUUUGUUUUAUCAGACACGAUACAAGAUAGCUGGAAAAUUACUGCAUAAUUUUAAUCUAUUGCCUGCCCUUCAAAUGUUUUUCUCAUUUUAUUUGUAUCAAACAAUUUGAUUAGAUGAGUUAUUGAAAACAUUGAGUUGUUGGUGGUGGGGAUUAAAUAUCAGUUCACUGAAAGGAUUAUUAAUUAGUCAAGUAUUUCAUGAAAAAAGAAAAUAAUAUCUUUCACAUGAAUUCACAACAUUUGCUGUACCCUCUGUUAAAGAAUAUGAACAACUGUAUGAAACUAUAUGGUUUAAAAGGAUAAGUGAAUAUUAGUAAAUGCUUUAGAAUCUACAAAUUACAUAUUUUUUUAUGCAUUAGAUGGCAUUUGUGAAAUACAAUUCUCAUAUUGGGAGA